AUGGACAUCAAACAAUUAGAGAGACAGGUGAGGGAAAUUACUGAAUUACAGGAUUCUAUUAAAUAAACUUCAAAUUAUUGUUCCACUUUCCCUGAACACAGCGGCAUGGUUGCCUUCAUUAUUGAAAGUGAGUUCAUAAGUGCUAGAAAAGAGAGAAAGAAACUCUAUUUGUUCCUCAUUCAUUAGAUCAUCCUUGAUGAAAAAAAUGCAAAAAGAAUGGAUUAUCCGUAUGUCAAGUGUUUCGGUCAAAAAUUAAAGAAGUUAAUCAUAGAUUAUGCAUAUUAAGUGGAUGAUAUUGCAGAUUUGGAGAAGGCCUAUGCUGUUAUUAGAAGAUGGGAAAAGGACUUAAUUUAUCAUCCAAUAUUUUUGGAUAAGUUGAGAGGCAUACUUCAACCAAAAUACGAUCAAUUGAAGUACUAGCAAAUGAUUGUUAAUUAAAUAACUUAGAAUGAAUUAGCAAGCAAUAAAAUUCUAGUUCAAAAUUUAUAAAUUAUUUAAUAAUUUGAUUCAACAUACAAAUUGUAUUUGCAUUUGAAGUCCUUAAGAGAUAUUGAUGACAAAUGUCUAGAUUUCAAUACGAAUUUCGAUAAAUAUAUGAUGAAGUGUGAACUUGAAAAAAUUGAAGAUUAUGAAAUGAUAGACGAUCUUUUAGAAUAAGGAGAAGCCUCUAAAACCUUUUUAUCUGAAAACAUAUGUUAGACUUAGAUUCAUUAUUUGGACCUAGCCAGACUAGGAGAACAUCUAAUUAAGGAGGACUUUGAAAAAAAAGAUAAUAAAAUCGAAUAUUACAAAUCAAAAAGACCCAUUUAAUGA